AUAUCCUGACCCUUCAUUUAUUUAUACAAAAUAUAUUUUGGGCCUGGCCCUGCAAAUAUUCUUCCUUCCUCCGUCGCUCGAGAACUAGGUGGUCGAUUCGUAGGUGAACUGGUGGUUGCCGGAUUCUGCCGAAAUUCUAGCAAACAAGGUUUCUGAAUUCUGCUCUGCAGUAGCUUCCAAUCACAACUAUUCGCUAAACUGAGAUGGAUAGAAGUCUGGCUGAUGAGCUCUACUCGGAGAUUUUAAAACCAAAAGCAGAAUCGGAUCAACCAUCAACUCAUCAUAUUACGCAACCUCACUCAGUAGAUGAUGAGGAUGAAGAGUGGUACGGAGAUGGAUCAUCAUGGAAUGAUGCAGACGCGACGCUUGAUCUGUCCUCUGACCUAGACAGAGAAUGGCAAAGAAGAAAAAACCAAUUCUAUGCGAUAGGAUAUCGUGACGGCCUUAUAGCAGGAAAAGAAGCUUCGGCACAACAAGGUUUCAACAUUGGCUUUCAGGAAUCUGUACUCAUUGGAUUUAACUUUGGUCUUGUUAGAGGUGUCACCGGAGCUCUGGAGUGCCUUCCUAGUGAAUUAAGAGAAAAGAUAAUCGAAUCACCCGAAACGAGAAACAAGUUCCACCAGUUGUAUGAAUCUGUUAAUAAACUAUCAACAACAGAUGCAUUGAAGGCUUUCGGUGAUGAUCUUUCAAAACGAGAAGUCAAACCGGGUGGUCAAACAGAUUGCAGUGUUCUCUAUGGUUGCUAUAGACAGCUUCAGUCUCUCAUUGUCGAGUGCCCUGCUGUCGAGGUGCAAUCAUGGGAUAAAACAAUUGGUGUUUCAUCGUCAGACAAAGAACCUUCCCGCGAAUGAGGUUUGUUUCGCAACCAUGAUGCAAUAAACUGAUCGUUUGAUGUUACAUCUUUUGAUGAUUAUGGUACAGUCUAUUUUGUUGUAGACACAUGGUCCUUAUUAUUAACAGAUACUCAUGGGUAAUAUUAACUAUAAUUGUAAUUGUAGUUUGUGAGAUUAAAUAAUUUCUUUUUUGGGAA